AUUCCCCAGGUGUUGCAUUUUAUUUCGCCUGAUAGGUUAACAUUUUCUUGUUUGGAUUUUGGAUUUUUCAUCUCAGGUUCCUUUCUCAACAUCAGUCAGAUGAUAGCUUGUGUCGGUCAGCAGGUUAUCGGUGGCAAGCGAGUACCGGAUUCUGUUAACGGACGCAGUUUAGUGCACUUUCCGCGUGGCAGCCGGGCUCCUGAAGCUAAGGGGUUCGUAGGCAAUAGCUUCUUCUCGGGCCUCACACCUUCAGAAUUCUUUUUUCACGCAAUGAGUGGUCGUGAAGGUCUUACAGACACUGCAGUUAAGACUGCCGAUACUGGCUAUAUGCAGAGAAGACUCGUUAAGUUUUUAGAAGAUUUGGCGGUCAACUACGAUGGCACUGUUCGCGAUAGCCGUGGGGAUGUUAUUCAAUUCCGCUUUGGAUCUGACGGCCUGGAUCCCCUUGAAAUGGAAACGGACAACUUUCCUAUCGAUUUGAAUCGUGCUCUUGCAAAUAUUCAGGUAGCUUUUGCAAUGUUUUGCCGAACCAUUUUUUGCUUUUAA